AUGGAAAUAACGAAAGUGUCAGCUACAAAGACAACGAAAGUGUCAGUUACAAAGACAACGAAAGUGUCAGCUACAAAGACAACGAAAGUGUCAGCUAAAAAGACAACGAAAGUGUCAGCUAAAAAGAUAACGAAAAUGUCAGCUACAAAGACAACGGAAGUGUCAGUUAAAAAGACAACGAAAGUGUCAGCUAAAAAGACAACGAAAGUGUCAGCUACAAAGACAACGAAAGUGUCAGUUACAAAGACAACGAAAGUGUCAGCUAAAAAGAUAACGAAAAUGUCAGCUACAAAGACGACGAAAGUGUCAGUUACAAAGACAACGAAAGUGUCAGCUACAAAUACAACGAAAGUGUCAGCUAAAAAGACAACGAAAGUGUCAGCUAAAAAGAUAACGAAAAUGUCAGCUACAAAGACAACGAAAGUGUCAGUUACAAAGACAACGAAAGUGUCAGCUACAAAUACAACGAAAGUGUCAGCUAAAAAUAUAACGAAAGUGUCAGCUAAAAAGAUAAAGAAAGUGUCAUCUACAAAGAUAAUGAGAGUGUCAGCUACAGAGGUAAUGAAAACGUCAACUGCAGAGGGAAUGCGAGUGUCAGCUACAGUAGCCGAGGUCAGCAAAGGCCCGAAACAGGAAGAAGGGGACAAGGAAAUUUAG